AUGGAGGCGAUGGUAUGGAAUUGUCCCAUCUUUAGCACAAAUUCGUCACCCACCACCACGUUUUUCCUUCAUUUCUGUUCUGUGCAGGUGGAGGAGAUGGCAUCAAAGAGCCAUCCGCACUUGGUGCGGCUGUUGGGGUACUGUGUGGACAUGGAUAUGACAACAGAGCACCACGAGCAGAUUGUCAUUUAUGAGUUCUGCGCCAAUGGAGACCUCGAGAAGUACCUCAGUGGCGGUGAGAGAAGUACCUCAGUGGCGGUGAGAGAAGUACCUCAGUGGCGAUUGUUAUAUUCUAACCAAAUAUGUUCCUCCUAUGGUCCUUAUGAUGUUCAUUUUAUCACCCUUCUCAUGUACUUACCAUUCUUUACUGCAGGGCCCAAAAAGGGCACGUUGACGCUGCAGCAGCGCAUGGACGUGCUAGUGGGGGUGGCGCGGGGGUUGGAGUACCUCCACCAGUUUGACAUCGUGCAUCGAGACAUCAAGCCCGCCAACGUGCUGCUCGAUGCCCGCAUGCAGCCAAAGAUAUCCGAUUUCGGGCUGGUGCGCAUGACAGAAGGCACCACAGUGAAUCCCACCCGAGUGGUCGGCACUCCGGGCUAUGUGGACCCCGCUUACUCGCGCACCAACAAGGCCACCCCCAUGGCUGACGUGCACAGCUUUGGCGUGUUGAUGCUAGAGGUCAUGCUGACGAGGCCUGCUGUGGUGGAAGAGAAGGGCGUCAACACCAGCAUCAAAGACUGGGCUGCCCGCCGCGUGCAAGAUCGAGACGCCCAAGGCCUCAAGGACCCUCAUCUCGACAGCAUUCCUAACGAGCUUCUUAUGCAGGUUGUGGAGCUCGCGCUGCAAUGCACCGGCAUGCCUGCGUCCUCGCGCCCUCACAUGCGAGAUGUCGCCGCGCGAUUGGACGCGCUGUCACGCGAGUUUCUGCAGAAACCGACAUCGAAGGCGGAUUUGCGUCUGGAGAGCAUUGACCAGGAGGUGGCAAUGCGGCAGCCGGAGCAGAGUUUGGAUGAUGAGUUUCUGCGCAUUGAUGUGAUCUCUGGUGCAUGUGAUUGA